AUGGAGCGACAGGCAGUGGACAUACCCCACGCGGAGAGCAAGGACCAGGAGCCACAGCCUUUGGGGGACAACAAGGAGCAGCAGCAGAGCGAGGAGAGCCACGAAGAGGAAGCUGGUCAGGGGUCAGCUAGUGCCAAUCGCCAGUUGAUGAUGCUGGAAGGGAAGUCAGGACCCUACUUUUCCUCUUUGGACUCAAGCAUCGAGAUCUUGAAGAAGAGGGCCCAGGAGCUGAUUGAAAAUAUUAACGAGAGCAGGCAGAAGGACCAUGCACUCAUGACCAACUUCAGGGACAGCCUCAAGAUCAAGGUUUCUGACCUCGCAGAGAAACUAGAGGAGAGGAUGUAUCAGCUUUAUAAUUGCCACAACAAGAUCAUUCAGGAAAAGCUCCAAGAGUUCACCCAGAAAAUGGCAAAGAUCAGCCAUUUGGAAACAGAACUCAAACAAGUAUGCCAUACUGUGGAGACUGUGUACAAAGACCUAUGUGUCCAGCCAGAGGCUACUACUUUGGAAGAAGAACAAACCCAUAAAGAUGGCGAUUGCUGACAGCUUUCUGAGAGAGUC